GACAGACAGAAGGCGCACUGUUGAUGAGUUAUUUAUGAUUAGGUGCUUAAUUCAAUAAGAUAUUUUUCUGUUUGCUAAAAUGAUUUCCGAAAAUUACCUGAAACGGGUAAAUAUUACUGCAGAUGUAUAUGCUAUAUGUGUUCAACACGCUUUAACAACUGAAAAACAAGAAAUUAUGGGUCUACUUAUUGGAGAGGUAAAUGAAAGUGAACGUGUUUCCAAUAUUUCAGCUUGUGUUAUUUUACAUAGAAGUGAUAAACAACCGGACAGAGUGGAAAUAUCACCUGAACAGCUUUGUCAUGCUUCAAUGCAUGCAGAUCAGUUAACUAAAAAACUUAACAGACCAAUGAGGGUACUUGGAUGGUAUCAUUCCCACCCACAUAUUACUGUUUGGCCAAGUCAUGUUGAUAUAAGAACUCAGGCUACAUAUCAAACAAUGGAUCCAUUAUUUGUGGGAUUAAUUUUCUCUGUUUUCCAAAAUGAUACUAGAUCUCGUAGGAAUCAGAUACAAGUAACUUGCUUCCAGGCCCACAAUAGUACAUCUGAACUUGAAAGGAGAGAAGUUGAGUUAGUGAUAAAACCCUCACCGUUUGAAAAUUACAAUUUAGAAGGUAUAGCAAAUCUUCCAAAAAUCUUGGUUCAAGAAGAAGUUGAUUGCCAUGACAUUCAAGACAAUGACACUCAAGAUGAAUUAAGUAGUCUACACAAUGAUGCAUUUAAAACAUUAGCUCUAGUUCACAUUGUUUCCAAAGUUGCCAGACCUAUUUGUGACGACUUGGAAGAGAGAAAAAAAUCAGUGAAUCAAAGGAUCAAAGAACUGGAAAAACUUAAAAUUUUUUGAACAUUACUUAAUUAUAUUUAAUGUUCGCCAUAUUUGUAAUCAAAGUAUAUACAAAUUUAUAUCAUU